UAGGGCUGCCAGCCUCUGCAGCUGGAAGGGAAGUGAGACCUUUGGGAAGUGGGAUUGCUGCACUGGGAUCCUGGGGUGAUCAUCUCCUCAGCUAAACAAAAAGGGAGGCUCAUUUUCAGGAUAGCGAUGGGCCUGGGGUGUAUGUAGGCAUCUCACCUGGCCAGCCACCAUGGAAAACGGUAGCAAGCUGGAUACCUCUAGUAAUGUGUCGCUGGUGCGCGGCACCGCUGUCCUGGGCCCGGUGGAGUACAGGAUGGUCUCGGUCUUUCUGGUGCUCCUGGUGUGCAUGGUGGGCAUUGUGGGAAAUGCCAUGGUGGUCCUGGUGGUGCUGACCACGCGGGACAUGCAUACACCCACCAACUGCUACUUAGUCAGCCUGGCACUGGCUGACCUCACUGUGCUGGUGGCUGCGGGGCUGCCCAAUGUCUCCGACAGCCUGGCUGGACAGUGGGUCUAUGGGCAUGCCGGCUGUCUGGGCAUCACCUACUUGCAGUAUCUGGGCAUCAAUGUUUCCUCCUGCUCUAUCCUGGCAUUCACCGUGGAGAGGUACAUCGCCAUCUGCCAUCCGAUGCGGGCACAGACCGUGUGCACCGUGGCCCGGGCCAAGCGAAUCAUUGCAGGCAUCUGGGGGUGCACAUCCAUCUACUGCCUGCUCUGGCUCUUCCUGGUGGACCUCAAUGUCAGCGAGAGCCAGGGCCUGGAAUGCGGCUACAAGGUGUCCCGUAGCCUCUACCUGCCCAUCUACCUGCUGGAUUUCACUGUCUUCUUCAUCAUGCCCCUGCUGGUGACUGCCGUCCUCUAUGGGUUCAUUGGGACACUCUUGUUCCGGAGCUCCCGGUCCCACCUGACCCACCAUGGGGGCAGCGAGGCCUGGAGAGAGGCAGAAACCAAGGAGGGAGAGCACCAUGGGCCAGGUGGAGGCAAAGUGGGCAGCUGCCCCAGGCCCAAAGACGUCCCGUCAUCCAGGAAGCAGGUCACCAAGAUGCUGGUGGUGGCUGUGCUGCUCUCUGCUGUUCUAUGGAUGCCCCACCGCACGCUAGUGCUGCUCAACUCCUUCGUGGCCCGGCCUUUCUUGGACCCCUGGGUCCUUCUCUUCUGCCGCACCUGUGUCUAUACAAACAGUGCCAUCAACCCCAUCAUCUAUAGCCUCAUGUCCCAGAAGUUCCGCGUGGCCUUCAGGCAGCUGUGCAGGUGUGGGGCAGAAGGGCCUCAGGGGCGGGCAGCCUGCCUCAGGACCGCCAGCUACAAUGUGGUCCAAGAGACCCCUCAGAAGAUGCAGACCAGCAGGAGCGAUGUCGCUGGCCCUCAGGCAACUGCAUCACCACCCCAGCCGCAGGAGCCAUAUUUCAGCACGGUCUGAGGGUUGCCCUGCUGCUGCCCAGCCCCUCCCUGCUUUUCUCUGUCUCCACUCCCUCGGUCGGCUUCCUGCUAGAUUCUGCCCUGUCCACUGUAGCUGGCAGGGCCAGGAGAGGGGCAGAUAUCCCUGUUGCCAGUGACUCUUAGCUUUGCGUCCCCCGUGGCUUCCUUCAUGAACUAAGACAUUAAUGUCCUGGGUCGGGUGGUUGAAGUUCAAGUUGGAAGCUCUCUCACCUCCUCCGGAAGUGGGGGAGGUGAGAAACAGGAAGAAGAAGCUGGAAGGAUCCCAGCCCUCAUCUGUGUAAAAUUAUGAACUCUCACCAUUAUUAUUUUAAACAUUUUUUUUUCCAGGGGAAAAGUCCUGGUGGGUAUUAAAGGGAUGUACUUCCGGUCUUUGAUAAUAUCCAUCCAGCAGUCUAGCUGUGGACAGUGCCACCUGGUGCCACAACAAAAGGGUACCCCGCUUCUACUGGCUGACACCCAGAGACACUUCAUGCUGCCCCAUCAUUGGCAUAGAGGCUGUUUCCACUUCGCUGCUCAUGUGUGCUCAGCAUGGCCUGGUCCAUAGGACUCCUGCUUCCCCACUUUUUGAGUUCUGUCCUUGGUCCCGAAUCCCUGAGUGAGACUGUGUCUGGGUUAUAAAUGGAGUAGAGCGCUUGACUUAGCCAGAAACAGGAAGUCAUUUCUGAGCUCCCUGGCUCCCAAACAUGCAAGCUCAGCCUCAUGGGGCCCACUCUGACCCUCAGGCAUGGCCACCUGUUCCCCUAUAUGGGAGCGGCAGAGCUCCUGACCCCAGAGCUAGACAGGACAAAAGCGUGGGUCCCCUGACCCCAUCCAUAUUCCUUUUGAGAUUAUUUUCCUCUCUGGCCCCUGCGAUGGUCAUUACAAGCAGAUUUUUCAGUGGAGACUUGUUUGGGAAGAGGUCUGAGUUCUCCAGAGGUGGCCUAAGUGCAACCUUGGCAGCAGGGCACCUGUGUAGGGUGGAAGGAGGCAGGAAUGAAGGUCUGCAGGGGCGGAAGGGCAUCCUGAAAGCUGGAGCCACCCCAGUGGAUGGUGCGGGCAGCAGUGGGGCUGAGGGAUGGACAGGGGAGGAUGAGAAGAUUGGGAGCCUUGCUGGAGGAAGGGCACCCACACUGUGACCUUGUGGCUGAGUACAGUGGCAAACGCACCUUCUUUGGCCACUGGUGGUCUGUUGCUGUCGAGGUCCCGUCAUGGGCAUGUAGAGGCCAGUCCUAUGUCAGUCUUGCUGUCUGAACGGUUCCUUACUUUUUAUUUUAUUGGUUUUUUUUUUUUUGCACAGGGGCAUCUCAUCAAUAGGGAGGUUAACUGUUUUAUUGUCCCUUAUCCAGGACAUAGAUGAAAAUCAGGAAGUCAGUUAAUUUCUGCAUCUCCCACUUCCCUGCCAAUGAAAAAAGAAAACUUACUAAGUGCCACUGGAGUGCUCCAGUGAGCAUGCAUGGCCUUAACAUGGGGCUGAACUGAAGCCUCGGGGUAAAUGCUCCAUGAGGUGUGGCUGAUGAGGAGACAGGGCCUGGUGCUGGCACAGGCAGAUCUGUGAAUCCUGGAGGGAGGGGGGUGUCCAUGUCCUCCCAGCAGAGACAACCAUGAGGACGGAGGCAAAGACGUGGGGCUGUGUGCUUUCUGGCACAGAGCUGGAACUGAAGCCGCAGAGGGCUUCCUCUGGAAGUGGCUGGACGAGCCGAAACGCUGCUGUGUGUGGUCCCCUCUGAGCUUUCUCAGGACAAUGUUGGACUUUACUUGAGCCUGUGCUCCCAGAAGACGGAGAUAGGGAAGAAGCCCCCACAACCUUUUUGUUUUCCAAAUAUCCUGGGAGAUGGCUUACUGCAAAGAACCCCUUCCCCAAAUGACUGAGCUGAGACCCCAUAUGACUUCCUCAUGACCCCCAUAAGACCCACAGAUUACUCACUGGGUGACGUGUGACCAGGCCAGACCCCCCACCCUCCAGGUCCCAGUUCUUUGUCUCAUGGUUGAUUAGCUGAGAUUAGAUCUGUUUGUCCCCCUGAAACGAGCUAAGUGCAGAGAAAAACAUUUCCUACUUUGCUGACCCUGACUCCCCGGCCAUUGCAAAAUAAGCCUACUGGUAGACAGACCAUCUAUCUGUCACAUGCAAAGCACCCAUCGGUCACCUGCAAACUACCCACCUAUCACCUGCAGACUAUCCACCUGUCACCUGGAGACCACCCACUUGUUACCAGCAGACUACUCACCUGUCACUUGCAGACCACCCACCUGUCACCUGCAGACUACCCACCUGCUACCUGCAGAUCACCUGGCACCUGUCUACUCCCCAUACAAGUCUUCAGACCCAUAGACCUCUCCCUAUUUCAAUGGCCUGAAUGAA